CGCACAAUUUUAUGUGAAUUAGGCACAUAUAUAACUAUGAAUACAUCGAAAUUUGAAAACGAAUCAGCUUCGAUACAAAUUGAGGAAAAUUUAAAGCAUGAGUCAAAAACGACUUAUAAUCAAUUAUAUCAGUUUGCCACAAACCUUGAUUUUCUGAUAAUGUUUGUUGGUCUGGUGUUUUCUAGUAUUGCUGGUGUUGCUAUGCCAUUAAUGACAGUUAUUUAUGGAAAAAUGGUAGAUUACCUUACUCUCAUUCAAAACCAUGAAAUUUCUGAAGAUGAAUUUUCUUACCAAAUUAGCAAAUAUUCUUUGUAUUUAAUAUAUAUCGCAAUCAUUACAUUUGUUGCUACUUAUAUUUACAUGGCAACCUGGGUAUAUACUGGUGAAAGAAUUACGCAACAAAUUCGUGAAAGAUAUCUUCGCGCCAUCCUUUGGCAAAACAUUGCUUAUUUUGAUAACGUUAGCGCAGGCGAAAUUACUACUCGCAUUGUAAAUGAUACUUACUUAAUUCAAAAUGGCAUCAGCGAAAAGGCUUCUCUUUCAUUUUAA